AUGCUUGAUAAUCCAUCUUUUGCAUUAUUUGAAGAUUAUCUAAUAAUGGCUAAUUUGCUUACACUGUUUUUUGUCAUAAUGAGUUGUUUCAAAUUAGGAGUAUAUGGAUUGAGCAUGAACUACUACUUGUUUAGCUGCCCUUUUGUUGAUUCUGUUGUUAAAAACGAUGUCAACAAAGCUCUGCAGGAUGAUCCCACCCUAGCAGCAGGUUUAGUUAGAAUGCACUUCCAUGAUUGUUUCAUAGAGGGAUGUGAUGGGUCAGUUCUAAUAGACUCCACUAAGGAGAACACAGCAGAAAAAGAUUCACCUGCAAAUUUGAGCUUGAAAGGAUACAAAGUCAUAGAUGAUAUCAAACUAGAGCUUGAAAAGCAAUGUCCUGGAGUGGUUUCAUGUGCUGAUAUUCUUGCCAUGGCUGCUAGAGAUGCUGUUUUCUUUGCUGGUGGUCCUGUGUAUAACAUACCAAAAGGAAGGAAAGAUGGAACAAGGUCUAAAAUUGAGGAUACUUUCAAUCUGCCUCCUCCAUUUUUCAAUGUAUCUCAGCUCAUUAGGAUGUUUGGCCAACAUGGUUUUUCUCCAAAAGACAUGGUGGCUCUUUCCGGUAACAAUUGUGCUUUAAUUAAUAUAUCCAUCAAUGUUAUAGUUCGGUUUAGAACUAAAAUUGAUAGGCAAAAGGAUGCGGUAAUUAAUACUUUGUUGUGGUGGGAUCCUAUUUUUAUGCGGCGAAGAGGGAUUGAUUUGAUUAACAAUUCAGUUGGUAUUAGAAUAAAAGGAGCUCACACACUAGGAGCAGCAAGGUGUGUUUCUUUCAAGGAAAGACUAACCCAAUUGGAUCAAACAUUGGAUUCAGAAUUUGCAAAAACACUCUCCAAAACAUGCAACAUUGGUGACAAUGCUGAGCAACCUUUUGAUGCAACAAGAAACGAUUUUGAUAAUUCAUACUUCAAUUCUUUGGUCUCAAACAAUGGUGUUCUUACUUCGGACCAAACAUUGUACAAUAGCGCACAAACUAGGAACAUUGUGAACAUGUAUGCAAUGAAUCAGGCAUUGUUCUUCUUGGAUUUUCAACAAGCUAUGGUGAAGAUGAGCUUGCUUGAUGUAAAAGAAGGUUCUAAGGGGGAAGUAAGAAAAAAUUGCCAUAAAAUAAAUUGA